UUAUCAUAUUAGCCUAACUAAACAGAGAAAAAUGACGGAAUGUGCCCAGGUGCAGCAACGCCCAUCCGAAGACUCUGACAUGAGUGGACUUCUUGAUGGACUUUACAGUCUUAUCGAUGACGUAAAUCAACUUUCUCUUCAAACGAAAGAAAAUUUAACAAACAUAAUACACCAGACUUCAAGUGAUGAUGAUAUUAGUAGUGACGAUUCGGAAGCUGAAGACGAAGUAACUCAACAACAGGAGACAAUGGAAGAUCUUCAGAAUGAAAUGUCUCAACUUGAAAUUAGCGAAGAAGCAAGCACACUUGAGACUUUAAUUUUGAUAGUUGAGCAUUACGCCAAGGCAGGGGAUACAGACGGAUUUCAGAAGAAUGUCAGGCGACCAGAUCUGUGGUUGAUGACAUUGCCACGUCCCAAAGUUAGUGACAUCACAAGAAUGGCUGACAAUCUUGUUGGGCAAAAUUUUCCAUUUCGGGCGGCGCUUAUGUACAAAUGUGCAUGUACCUUGUAUAAGUAUGAAUAUGUGCACUAUCCUUCAGCUGAUGAGGUAGGGUCCGAUACCAUCAUACCAAACGUAGCACUACGAGGUAUAGAAGAAUGUAUGAAAAACGUUCUCAAGAUUAUGUUGUCAAUAUUUGAAAAAGAUGAAUAUGAAAUAUACUUCCCCCAUUUUGUACCAAUUGCAUAUGACAUGCUUACAAAUCUGAGAGAGAUUCAUCACACCGAUCGGAAACUCAAAGCGGACAUUGAAAUGUGGGGUAUGCUUUACAUUGCUGUUAUGCAUGGCAAACUGAAGCAAGUUACAGAGAUGCACGAUGUGGCAGACACUGUGGUUGAAACAAUCUUGAGGCGAUUUAAAAGUAAAGCUCGGCGACGUUCAGUGUACGGAAUUGGCUUAUUGGCGCUGUCGACGUCUCAGUGUCUUCAAAAUAAACGGAGCGAAGGUUCUGAAUCUUCCGGAGAAGCUAUAAAAUCCCUCCAAGAUGCAGAAGAUUUUCCAACUUGGGAUGACAAAGUCAGAAUUGUAGAAAAAGCAGGAAAGUAUUUUGAAGACAUCGAAAAGCUUAACGCGUAAACUAUUAAACUCAAGUGGCUAGAUAGCAGAAAGAAGUUGAAAUUUGGUUGACCAUUUAUACACGAUAUCAUAUUCAUAUUCAUUCUUGGCAUUGCUCCGAACCAACAUAACAUAGAUCUUUUGUGUCGUCGUUGCAUUCAAAAACUAUCAAUUGACAUUUAUCUUGAAAAUCUGCACUAGUCAAGCAAUCUAUUUCUGGGUGAUUAUUUUAGGUCAUUAAAUUUGUAGAAAAAACAGUUCAACGUUGGCAAAGAAUCAGCAUUGUUUAAUUCAUUGGGUAUUCCAACUUGGCUGUCACUUCAAUGCUUCAUUAAAAAAUUAAGUUGUCGCUUGUGGUUUCAUAACUCAACGAUUACAGCUUUGAAGUUUAUUCUCACUGUAUUAGCACACUGUUGAUUGUAUUUUCUAGAACAUGUAGGAUACAACAUAUCCCCUUUUUUCACUGUUAAUAGCCUUUGCAAGUUGAAAGAAAAUAUAAAAGUGCAAACGAUUUGUAAUUGUUCUAGUUGUUGAAUUGUUGUAUCAUACAUAUUAGCAAAAAUGGAACUGUGUGCU